AUGAACGAAUUUAGAAUGGUAGAAGUGAACAUGCACGUUACGACUUUGCUUAACAGCGUGGAAUCCGCCACUGGCACUGUUCUGAAAUACUUGAAACAGUACGAACAGUGUUCUUGUCCUGCGGAGCAGGCGAUCGCCGGUCCGGAGGAGCAGAAAAACUUCGAUGACAAUGAACUGCACCUGGCUAUGUUGAGCAAAACCCUAGUCGAUCUGAACUCCAGGUUAGACGACUACACGCACGCCAUUGAUGAGAGGGUGAAAUUCUAUGAGCACUGCGACUAG